CGGGGCAGGGCGGGGCAGGAGAGCUGAGGUGUAGGGAGCCGUGGCCCAACUCAGUGCGCAGUCCGGGCACUCUUCACUUGUCCCUCCGCUCUGUCUGUCCUCCGUGUCCCCGCUGCUGCAGAAAAUCCACCAAAAUGUAUCUUGGCAGACAGCUCCUGGGAGGCAUCAUAUCCGCCAUCAGUAACUUCGACCCUGCAGACUUCAGACCCUCAGACCCUCCUCCUCCACGCAGACCCCUCAACUUUGCUGAGACCCAUGAGAGCGAUGAGGAGAAGAAGUUCAGACUGACCUUCCAGCAGCUCGCUGGAGAUGACAUGGAGAUCAGCCCUGAGGAGCUCAAGAAGAUCCUGGACAACAUCUGCAGAAAGCGUGGUCUGGACAUCGGUAAUGACGGCUUCAGUAUUGAGACGUGCCGCAGUAUGGUGGCUGUCAUGGAUAGCGACAGCACAGGCAAACUGGGCUUCCAUGAGUUCAAGUUUCUUUGGAACAACAUCAAAAAAUGGCAGAGCAUCUUCGUGCAGUACGACAGGGACAGGUCCGGUCGCAUCUCGUCUCGGGAGCUGCCCGGGGCCUUGGCGGAGGCAGGUUUCCGUCUGAACGACCCGAGGAAGAAGACGGAUGACUUAUACAAUCUGAUCUUGCGUCGCUAUGCCGACCAGAACGGAGAAAUGGACUUCGACAGCUACGUGGGCUGCCUGGUGCGCCUGGACUCUAUGUGCAGAGCAUUUAAGACUCUGGAUAAAGACAACAAUGGAACCAUCGACCUGGGCAUAGAGGAGUGGCUGGAGCUGACCAUGUACUCCUGAGCUUGGAGCUACGGCGACCAUCUUUGGGACCACACCCCCGCAUUCCACUUGGGACCAAAUUCUUGCUUUUUUUUUGGUGUGUGAGAUAAAUCCAUAAUAAAUCAUGUCAUUUUACCA